AUGAACCAGGAACCCACCGGUGAGUUAAACUUGGAGUCCCCGUUGCAGACCAAUCUCAUGUGUUGGGUGAACCCCUCGAGAGCUUACGAAGUGAUCGCGGCCUGGGUGCAAACGGACCCGUUGCCGAAAGACACCAUGUUCCAUCCUCAACGAUUUGAAACACUUGUGAAGGAUGUGAUGUAUAAUCCGAAUAAAUCGACGUUUGGCGACAGUGGAAGACGUGAUGACUGUUAUACAGUGGCUGCAAUUUUGACUGUAGAAGGAUUGACAACAGCUAGUGCGAGAAGUGAUAGCGGAGACAGUGACGGCGGUGGUAAGAUAGCAGCAGCUGUAGUAGUCAAAAUGAGGGAGAAUAUCCUUUGGAGCUGGUGA